GAAGCGAUGGACGCGUGGUGGAUCACAUCCUCCACGCGCACAGAAGAGAAUCGCCUCCCUCGCGGGCACCGACGAUAGUCGCUAGGUCAGGCUCGCGCUGCUGCUGCUGCUGCCGCCGCUGCCUCCUCGCCGGCCACAAAGCGCACCGUGCCUCGGUUUCGAUACGGUUCUCUCGCGUUAGAUCGUCGCGAUUCAGGGAGGCAAUGCUUUGGAUUUUAAAAAUGGCACUGCAACCUCAACCAGUGUGCAAUCAACUCCGCUUACUGAUCAGCAUCUGGAACAAGUGGCGACCGGGAUCUAAGCUUUUGAUCCGUGAACUUCCAUCUUUACUUGAUGGCUCUGCUCAAGCAGAAGCCAAGCCACAAGAUGAGACUAAAGUCACCUUAGCUCCAAAGAUAACCCCUGAGGAGUCAUGGCUAUGCUUCAAUGAGGAGGCUGUGGCCCUUCAUAAUAAAGUGGGUGGUCCUUUCUUCCAUGUGUUGGACCGUGUGGAAUGACAUACAACCAUUUUAGGUUUGUGCAUUUGCAGGUUGUCCAGGAAUGCGAGCCAAUUUUGCCAUGAUGGACAAAGAGAAUGGUCAGCAAAAUGUCAUAGAGCUUAAAAUCAUCACUACGAGGGUAUGCAGUGAGAUCAAAAGUGAAGGUGGUGAAGUGGAUGGCAUAAGUUUUGCCAAGGGUGCUUUAUUAGUUCCUUGUGGAGGUGG